AUGCUGAAAUUCUUCCAGAAGCAUUUGGUCAACCGCUUGGCAGAACUCAACCGACGAAGGCCACGGCUGGUAUCGAAAGACGGAAGGUGCAACAUAGAGUUUGGGCAUGUGGAGGAGCAAUCCCGGUUUGUGUUCUUGCUGGACAUCUGGACCACGGUCCUGGACCUCAGGUGGAGAUACAAAAUGACCAUCUUCAUCACCGCAUUCUUAGGCAGCUGGUUCCUCUUUGGUCUGCUUUGGUACGUCGUGGCAUACAUACACCAGGAUCUGCCAGAGUUCAGCCCUUCGGCAAAUCACACGCCAUGCGUUGACAAUAUCAACGGCUUGACAUCUGCUUUCCUCUUCUCCCUGGAGACCCAGGUCACGAUUGGCUAUGGUUUCCGGUGUGUCACGGAACAGUGCGCCACAGCAAUUUUCCUGCUGAUCAUACAGUCUAUCCUAGGAGUCGUCAUUAACUCCUUCAUGUGUGGGGCUAUCUUGGCAAAGAUCUCCAGGCCCAAAAAACGGGCCAAAACAAUCACUUUCAGUAAAAAUGCCGUGAUUAGCAAACGUGGUGGGAAACUGUGUCUGUUAAUCAGAGUGGCCAAUCUCAGAAAAAGCCUUCUGAUUGGGAGUCACAUCUAUGGCAAGCUCUUGAGAACUACCAUCACGCCUGAAGGUGAGACCAUCAUCUUGGACCAGGUCAAUGUCGACUUUGUUGUUGAUGCUGGCAACGAGAACCUCUUCUUCAUCUCUCCCAUGACUAUCUACCAUAUCAUUGACCAGACGAGCCCCUUCUUUCACAUGGCAGCAGAUACCAUCCUUCAACACGACUUUGAGCUGGUGGUGUUUCUAGAUGGGACUGUGGAAUCAACCAGCGCAACCUGCCAAGUCAGGACAUCCUACCUCGCAGAGGAGGUGCUGUGGGGCUAUCGCUUUGCUCCAAUUGUCUCCAAGACCAAAGAAGGGAAGUAUAGAGUCGACUUCCAGAACUUCAGCAAAACUGUGGAAGUGCAGACCCCCCACUGUGCCUUCUGCCUCUACAAUGAGAAAGAUGCCAAAGCCAAAGCCAAGAUGGGAUUCGACAACCCUGGCUUCCUAAUGCAAGAAGUCAACGAAACCGAUGAAACAAAAAUGUAA